AUGUCGUCUCAUAAAAGGUUGAAGGAGAUGGCGCGAUAUGGCUUUGAUGAUUUAUCUCUUAUGUUGUUGAGAAGGUUCAAAAAUGGUGGAGGCUUUCAAUACCUACUGAAUAUUUUAUUGCUGGACAUCACCAUCAGUGUUUUUGUUCCCAGCAUUCGCACUGCACUACUUCACAGCAAAUCAAGGCACAAAGAAAUCCUAUUAACAGGCAAUAAGGGCCCGCAACAGCUGAUUUUCUGGAAGCGGCGGGAGGUCAAAUACCUGAAGCAGAGCUCACUCUGGUCCUCCAGCUUCGACAGCGCCAUCUCCCUACUCGUCCGCUCUUCCUUCACUAUCCUCGCAAGAAUAAAACAAGUCUUCGGCAUCCCUCAAAUCAUUCCAUACAACUCGUCUUUCAUCUCCGCCACCGUCCACCCAGAAACUCCUCCGCCGGCCGCCACCACUCCAGGAUCAAUUAUCACCACCAGCACAGCCGCUCUAACGCCUCCACCAACGACAGUGGGCGCAGCCUCUUUAGCCCCACACUACGCGAAGCUCAUCGUGGUAGUGGAACGAAUGAUGCAGGCGCCGCGGGCUCGCGCGGACGUUAGAGACGAGAUGUAUGGAAUGAUGACGGCGAGGUUGCGGGCGAUGGUGAGGUCGAGGUUGAUAGGAAUGGGAAGGGGGCCGCCCAGAGACGGCAGGUUGGCUUCGGAGUGGAGGGCAGCAAUGAGGGAGAUUAUGGAGUGGUUGGGCCCGGUGGCGCACGGCACGUUGCGGUGGCAUGGGGAGAGGAGCUACGAGCGGCGGAGCGCCGGAGCGGUUGUUAAAGAAAAUGUGUUGGUUUUACAGACGCUUUAUUUUGCAAAUAUGGAGAAGGUGGAGGCGGCGAUUGUGGAAUUGUUGGUUGGGAUGAAUUAUGUUUGGCGGUUUGAGAUGGAAGCAGGAUUAUGAGUUUGUGAGAGCUGUUAGUUUUCUUGAUUUUUGAUCACCGAUGUGAUGAAUUUGAAUGCCAGCGGCGCCGGCGGCAAUGGGUGAAGGGGUUUGGAUAUACAGAACUACAUUGGUUGCUGGGACAUAAAUUUGAGAAGGAAUUUCUUAUAACAACUUUAUGAGCAAUUAUCAAGUAUCAAAUAUCAUUACAUUUGCAUGGUUUUUAUAUGUAAAGUGGUGCAGAUCGUUUUUUCUAA